AUGUCGGCUAACCAAGUCGGCGUGGGCACCCUCGAAGAGGCCCGUCGUCGGCUAGCCAUCGCGCAAGCUGCUCGACGAAACGCCACUCGCGAGGAAAUCGAGUCACAGGGGAUCCAACCCUUUGUCGACAUGACCAUUGAGAACAUGAACACUACCCAACCGAUGUUCUCUCACUCGUUCAAACGAAGCAAACUGUUCGACUCGAACACACACAAGGUCUACGACUAUGGAGCUGAUAAGAUGGAAGAGGAGUAUGAGGACGAGGACGAAGAUGAAGAUGAGGAUGACGCCGCAGAGGAAGAGUUUGAGAUGUACUGGCGGUCGAUGAUCAAGGAGGUGGGCAAGGAUGUGCGUGUGGAUAACCUCAAUGUAGUCCUCCUAGCCGAGUUCCGCCAAAUCGCCCGCCAGCGACAGCGGAUGAUCACCAAGGCCGCCCUCGCCUGGCGAGAAGGGGUACCCCCGCCCGUACGUCAGGACCGCUUCGACCUCUUUGGUUCACUAUGCAACUGCACCGACCUCAUCAUCGAAGUCUGCAAGCAUAUGCGGCCAAAGGACAUCGUCACCUUAUACAGCAUCAGCAAGCGUUUCCACGCCAUCGUCGACCAGAACAUGCGCAACUUCGUCUUCGCCAUGGCCGGUCACAUGGCGCCCACCGGAGCCCGAAUCUUCUCCAGCCCCGUCUACAAAGACUCUUUCAUCCGAGACCCGUCCCAGCGCACCGUCACCCACGCCGACCAGGCGCUCAGCGAGCCGCAGUGGGGCCAGGCCAGAUACCGGGGCCAGGAUGAACUCAACGAGAUACGGGGGCGAGUCCGCUUGAUCCCAGGCCUGCUAUGGCUCCAGAUGGUGGUGAACCGCGAGAUCCGCGUCCGCGACAUCCUGGCGUGCCUCGCGAGAAUGGGCCACCGCAUGCCCAAGGGCUCGCACGUCACGCUCAAGAAGAUCUGGCUGAUCAUGGACGCCUCGGCGAGCCGGGUGCGUGUCAUGUUCCUGAACAACCCGGACUUUUUUACCGAUGAGGACCUGUAUAUCGCCCAGAUGUUCAUGGUCAAGCUCGUGCUGGCCUUCAACCACCCGACCUUCGGCCCGCAGUCGUCCAUGCUCAUGCGCCUCAUGCUCGGCCAGCGCGGACUAUCCCCUCUGUGGGCGCUCCUCCGCAACAAAAAGUACCGCUCCGCGGCCGAGAUCCGCCAGCUCAAACUCCGCUACGACGUCGGCGCCGCCCAGAUCCAGGACGAGAACCUGGUAGCCAUGACCGGCCACGAGCUCGACCGACUCGGCACCCUCCACUUGGAGGGCUGGGGCGUCGGCAAAGAUCAUCUGAUGCGGCUCGACGAGCUGAUCCCGCUGGAGUGUGCCCGCCGUCAGCUUGGCUACGACCAGUGCGUGGAGGAGAUGAUGAUCUACGGUCACGUCGACUUUGACACGGGUAAUUCGCUGGUGCCGUCGCUGGACGAGAUGUACAUGAGCGACGACGAGCUCCCCGAGGUCACCAAAACCUGGAAGCCGCUCCGGCAUGAACUGAUCCAUUCCGGCUGCGGUAAUGUGCCGUUUAAUCCGAGCAACUGGCAGCCCAAGCAUGCCCGCAAGGCGCGGUGGGACACGCUCACGGAGGAGGAGAAGGCCAUGAUCCUCGAGGCAGAGCAGGAGGAAAUGGAAGGACUCAACGAGCUCGACCUUGCGCGGUGGCACCAGAGCGUGGCUUGGGCUCGCCUGGCGAAGCUCACGAGCCAGGAGCUGGCUACCAAGAAGAUCAAGACCAAGUACAUGGUAAAGGCUCCGUCGAAUGCGGACUUGGAUUCCCACCUCCACCAAUUCAACCACGUCCGACCGCUCCGGCUUGCUUCCCGUCACGAGGAGCUGGCUGAGACUCAUGGUCCGGAUGCAAUGGACAUUGAUGGCCCGGCUCCGGCUCAAGACCACGACUCGGACAAUCUCUCCGACAUCCCCGACGAGGACCUCAUCCUCGAUGCCAUUCCCGAGACCGAAGUGAACCGCAUCUUCCGCUCCUUCGGCCCGCGCCGACCCUACCGUGAAGACUCCGAUCUAGGCUCCAACGACGAGGGUGACGGCCCCAACAACCAAACCCACAACCAACAGCACGGCGCGCACGACAACAACCCCCAAGCCCAGGCUACCCAGCAGCCGCUGUCCCAAACCCAAUACCACAACCUCCACCACCCCCACCUGCAAAUCACCGGCCCAGCCCUAGAAGACCAACCCACCACCGGCAACAACAACAACGCCGAAGAAGCCGAAUCCGAGCUCGAAACCGAAUACGACGACGCGACCGACUCCUCCGGCCCCGACUCCGACGACGAAGACGACAUCUUCGGCAACUACCCCGUGCGCGUCAGCAGCGCGGUCAACCUGUUCCCCGUCAGCAUCUACGACGUCGCGCCCGAGAUGCGCACCACCUACUACACGCCUGCCACUGCUACGGCGAUGGAUGUGGAUGAUAUGUUGCUUGCGCUGGCUGAGAUGCCGUAUUCGGAGGAUGGAAUUGAGGAGGGCACGGCGGGGGAUGGGGGUGGCAAUGAUGAUGAUGAGGAUGGGGAUGACGAAAAUAGCGAAGAUGAAGAGGAUUCCUAUGACGACGAUCCCGAGGGAGAGUAUGACGGGUACGCGACCUACGAGGAGUGGUCGCAACACAACACUGUGUAUGACUUGCCCGUCGUCCUUGGGAGCCCUGACGAGGGAGAGAUUGUCAUCGACAACACCAACGCAGAGGACGAAGCUGAAGCCGACGCGGAUGCCGACGCAGACAUGCACAUGAACGGCCCAGACGACGAAGAUGACGAUGAUGACGUCGACGAUGACGAUGAUGGAGCCAAUGUCAACGCCGCCCCAGGCAUCCAACUUCCGGUUCAAGGCUUUGAAGACGUUGCGGGUAUUAACUUGCUUAUGAGCGAGCUCGCCGUCGUGCCUGGCAGUUCCCAGGAUCAAGAUCAGGGCCAAGAUCAGGAGGACUCGGAGUCCAUGGACCCGGGUGAGUCGGCUGAAGAGCAGAAAAUCAUGAAGUUGCGGGAUUGGUACCGGCCUUGGUAG